GUUGCCACCUCUCCUGCCCCUUGGGACUACCAUGGAGGGGAUGGCUCUCUAUCUGGUGGCUGCCCUAUUGAUUGGUUUUCCAGCAUCUUCCCACAGCAGUCUCUACACCCUCAUCACCCCUGAUGUUCUGCGAACGGACACAGACGAGCAAAUUUUAGUAGAGGCCCAUGGAGAAAAUGCUGCAAAAAAUAUUGAAAUCUCUGUUCACGAUUUCCCACAGAAGCAGAAAACCUUGUACCAAAUCCAAGCAGAACUAAAGCCAGAUAAAGGCAUGUUUGUCACUCCAACUAUAAAGAUUCCUGCAAAAGAACUGAAUAAGGACUCCAAGCAAAAUCAGUAUGUGUUUGUACAAGUAACUGGUCCUCAGCUGUUUCUGGAAAAGGUGGUUUUAGUGUCUUUCCAGAGUGGCUUUCUGUUCCUUCAGACAGAUAAAACCAUCUAUACACCUAGCUCUCCAGUGCGCUAUCGUGUCUUUUCUAUGGAUCACAACAUGCACAUGACGGACAAAACUGUGAUUGUUGAGUUUCAGACACCAGAAGGCAUUGUUGUCAGUUCUAAUCCAGUCAACCCAUCUUCAUCCAUGAUCCGGCCUUUCAACUUACCAGAGCUCGUCAGUUUUGGGACGUGGAAGGCUGUGGCCAGAUACGAACAUUCCCUGAAGGAGAGCUAUACCGCAUAUUUUGAUGUCAAGGAAUAUGUGUUGCCAAGCUUUGAAGUCAGUCUGCGAAUGUCAGAGAGGUUUCUUUACAUUGAUGGCAACAAAAAUUUCAAAGUGUCUAUCACUGCAAGGUACCUGUAUGGGAAAAAAGUAGAAGGUGUGGCCUUUGUCCUCUUUGGAGUGAAAAAAGAUAAUGAGAAAAAUAGUAUUCCAGACUCACUCAAGAGAGUUCCGAUUGUUGAUGGAGAUGGGGAAGUAGUACUAGAAAGAGAUACACUACGUGCCCGAUUUCCACGUCUCAGAGACCUUGUUGGGCAUUCUCUGUAUGUCUCUGUAACAGUGAUGACAGCAUCAGGCAGUGAUAUGGUGGUGACUGAGCAAAGUGGCAUUCACAUUGUGACAUCUCCCUAUCAGAUCCACUUCACAAAAACCCCCAGAUAUUUCAAGCCGGGAAUGCCAUAUGAACUGACGGUGUAUGUCACCAACCCUGAUGGCUCACCAGCUGCCAAUGUACCAGUGGUAUCACAGACCAUUCAUGAUGAGGCAACUACCUUGAACGAUGGGACUGCUAAGCUCAUCCUGAACACACCACUGAACAUUCAAACGCUAGAUAUCACUGUUAAAACCAACCAUGCAGACCUCCUAGAUGAACGCCAGGCAUCAAAAUCCAUGUCAGCCACAGCCUACCAAACCCAGGGAGGAUCUGGGAACUACCUUCAUUUAGCCAUUACGUCUACGGAGAUUAAGCCUGGAGAUAACUUACCUAUCAAUUUCAAUGUGAGGGGCAACGCACAAUUGCUGAGCCAGAUCAAAUAUUUCACAUACCUAAUCUUGACUAAAGGGAGGAUAUUCAAGGUUGGCAGGCAAGCCAGGGAAACUGGACAGAAUCUGGUGACCAUGACUCUGCGCAUCACUCCAGACCUCAUCCCUUCCUUCCGGUUUGUAGCUUACUACCAAGUGGGGAACAGUGAAAUCGUAGCUGACUCUGUCUGGGUGGAUGUGAAGGAUACCUGCAUGGGAACGCUGGUUGUGAAAGGAGCAUCUGAAAGAGACAAUCAAAUACAUGAGCCAGGAGCUGCAAUGAAAAUCAAAUUGGAAGGGGAUCCCAAUGCUCGGGUUGGUCUUGUGGCUGUGGACAAAGGAGUAUAUGUUCUCAAUAAUAAACAUAAGAUUAGCCAAACUAAGAUAUGGGACACAGUGGAAAAGAGUGACAUUGGCUGUACAGCUGGCAGUGGCACGAAUCAUCUGGGUGUGUUUGAAGAUGCUGGACUGGCCCUGGCAACCAGCAUUAAGCUCAACACCAAACAGAGAUCAGAUAUAAAGUGUCCUCAGCCUGCAAAUCGGAGGCGUCGCAGCUCUGUUUUGCUGCUUGACAGCAAGACCAGCAAAGCGGCACAGUUUCAGGACCGAGCCUUGCGUAAAUGCUGUGAAGAUGGCAUGCAUGAGAACCCCAUGGGGCACAGUUGCGAAAAGCGUGCAAAAUACAUUCAGGAGGGAGAUGCAUGUAAGGCUGCCUUCCUUGACUGCUGUCAAUACAUCAAAGGGAUCAGAGAUGAAAAGAAACGGGAGGAUGAGUUGAUUCUGGCAAGAAGUGAUUUUGAAGAUGAUUUCUUAGGAGAUGAGAGCAUCAGCUCAAGGACUGAGUUUCCGGAGAGUUGGUUGUGGCAAACGGAGCAACUGACCGACCUUCCUAACAACCAAGGGAUUUCAAGCAAGACAGUGUCUUUUUAUUUGAAGGAUUCCAUCACAACUUGGGAGGUCCUGGCUGUGAGCAUUUCACCCACAAAAGGGAUCUGUGUGGCUGAACCUUAUGAAAUAACAGUCAUGAAAAAUUUCUUCAUUGAUUUACGGCUGCCAUAUUCAGUAGUGAGGAAUGAACAGGUGGAAAUCCGAGCUAUUCUGUACAACUAUGUCGAGCAGGACAUUGAGGUACGAGUGGAAUUGGUAUACAACGCAGCCUUCUGCAGUGCUUCCACAGAAACACAAAGAUACCGGGAGAUGUUCGUUGUUAGAGGCCUAUCCUCCAGGGCGGUACCAUUUGUGAUAGUCCCAUUACAGCAAGGAUUGCAUGAUAUCGAGGUCAAAGCAAGUGUCAGGGGACAGUUGGUGGCUGAUGGUGUGAAGAAGAAACUGAAAGUUGUGCCUGAAGGGAUACGGAAAAGUAUUACGAAGGUUAUUGAAUUGGAUCCAAGUACAAAAGGAAAAGCUGGAAUCCAGGAACAAACGGUCACAGCUGAGAAAUUAGAUAACAAGGUGCCUGACUCAGAAAUUGAAACCAAGAUUACCGUCCUAGGUGACCCUGUGGCUCAGAUUGUUGAAGACUCAAUUGAUGGAACUAAACUAAAUCAUCUCAUUGUAACCCCUUCUGGCUGUGGGGAGCAGAAUAUGGUCACCAUGACUCCAUCAGUUAUUGCCACCUACUACCUGGACACAACUGGGCAGUGGGAGAAGAUUGGUGUAGAUCGCAGGACUGAAGCAGUCAAACAGAUCAUGACUGGUUACACCCAGCAGUUGGUGUACAAGAAAGGAGACCACUCCUAUGCAGCAUUUAAAGACCGCGCAGCUAGUACUUGGCUAACAGCAUAUGUUGUAAAAGUCUUUGCCAUGGCUGCCAAAGUUGUAAAGGACAUUAACAGUGAAAUUAUUUGUGGAGGUGUAAAGUGGCUGAUUCUGAACAGGCAAGAACCAGAUGGAGUGUUCAAAGAAAAUGCCCCUGUAAUCCAUGGAGAAAUGCAGGGAGGAGGUAGGGGUGCUGAACCAGAAAUAUCUUUAACAGCUUUCACCGUGAUUGCAUUGUUGGAAUCCAAACCAAUCUGCAACGAUCAUAUCAAUAUUCUAGAAAGCAGCAUCAGAAAGGCUGCAGACUUUUUAAUGAAAAAGUACCCAACACUGCAAAGGCCUUACACUACAGCCCUCACAGCCUAUGCUUUGGCUGCUGCAGAAAGGCUGAAUGACGACAGGAUACUCAUGGCAGCAUCAACAGGAGGGAAUCGUUGGGAAGAAUAUAAUGCUCGCACCUACAACAUUGAAGGCACCUCCUAUGGCUUGAUGGCCCUGCUGAAAAUGAAAAAAUUUGAUGAGACCCAACCCAUAGUCCAGUGGCUGAUAAAUCAGAAAUAUUAUGGGGGAACAUAUGGGCAAACUCAAGCAACAAUAUUGGUGUUCCAAGCUCUUGCUCAGUAUGAGAUUGACAUGCCUACCCAUAAGGACUUAAACUUAGAUAUUGCUAUUAAACUGCCAGAACGAGAAGCACCAAUAAACUACAGAAUUGACUUUAGCAAUGCUAUCUUAGCCCGGACAGCAGAGACAAAGCUCAAUGAAGAUUUCAUUGUGUCAGCAUCAGGUGAAGGAAAAGCAACUAUGACCAUUUUGACAUUUUAUAAUUCACAAUCACGGGAGGAUGAAAACAUUUGCAAGAAAUUCCUUCUUGAUGUUUCUGUUGAAAAUGUCCAAUUGAACUUAAACCAGGCAAAGGGAGCCAAGGGAGCAGUCAAGCUCAAAAUCUGCACCAGGUAUCUUGGGGAAGUUGAUGCUACCAUGACAAUAAUUGAUGUUUCUAUGCUCACUGGUUUUGCCCCUGAUACCGAAGACCUUAACAGGCUUUCUAAUGGAGUCGACAGGUACAUCUCCAGGUUUGAAGUUGACAAUAUUAUGGCUGAGAGAGGGAAUGUUGUUAUUUACCUAGACAAGGUCUCCCACUCUGAGGUUGAAUGCCUACAAUUUAAGCUUAACAAGUUUUUUGAAGUUGGUUUCAUUCAGCCAGGAUCAGUCAAGGUUUACAGUUACUACAAUCUAGAUGAACAAUGUACCAAGUUCUACCAUCCGUCUAAAGAAACUGGCCUUCUCAAUAAGAUAUGUUAUGGUAACAUUUGCCGGUGUGCAGAAGAAACCUGUUCCUUGCGCAACCAGCAGAAAGAUAUUGAACUGCAAUUACGAAUUGGAUUAGCCUGCGAGCCAAAUGUGGAUUAUGUCUACAAAACCAAGCUGCUUCGAACUGAAGAAAAAGAUGGUAAUGUUGUCUAUUUAAUGGAAGUCUUAGAAGUUAUUAAAGCAGGCACUGACCGAAAUCCGCAAGCCAAGCCCCGACAGUAUGUAAGUCAAAUGAAUUGCAAGGAGGCUCUGAAUCUGAAGGUGAACAACAACUAUCUGAUCUGGGGUCUCAGCAGUGACCUGUGGCCCAUGAAAGAUGAAAUGUCCUACACCAUUACAAAGAACACCUGGAUUGAGAGAUGGCCAAAUGAUGAUGAAUGUCAGGAUGAAGAAUUCCAGACUUUGUGCAAUGACUUUGCCCAGUUGUCCAACACACUAACUAUGUUUGGCUGCGGUGCUUAAGGUACAGGCGAAUCAAUGAUAGGAAAUUCUUAGAAGAUAGAUUUUUGAGCCGAUACAUACAUGUUACUUUCCCUCUUGAAUGUUUAGUUUUCUAUCAUUUUGCUAUCCCACUUUCUCUCUAAAUUGUUUAUAUAUAAAAUAAAGAAUUUAUUUCUUA